AUGUGCUCCACCAGACAUCCCACACUGUCUGUGGCUACUGAUGACAGCCUGUUGUCGCUGCAGCUUACUAUGGUUCAUUCCAUCCAUUUCACCCGGACUCACGAUGACGCGAUGAGCAUCCUGAAGAUGUUGAUGAUAACCGAUCUCCACACCAUCGGUGGCACUUGUCACACCCUCAGAAAACUGGCUUGUCCACACCUCUCUCAAUUUCUCGAUGUCCUCAGGCAGUAUGGCGGUGGGAUCACCGGUUCAUCGGCACAUGCCAUGGUGUUAGGAAGCGAGGGCUGUGUUCCUCAUGACCUGAAUAUCCUCGUUCCGCACACCUCCUUCAAAGCUUUGGACAUUUUCAUUCCCCAUCCAGCUAUUGUGCCCGUCAUCGGCCAUUUUCAGAUCUAUGCGUGUCAUCAGCACAUCAUCACCUUGUCUUCCUCCCUCCAGCAUCAGAGCGUACUGCACAUCAUUUUAAAUGCUCCUACAACCGCAGACAUGGUCUUCAUGACAACUGGAGUGUGGCUUCAACAAGCCAUCACCAUAGAGACAUGCACAGCUGGUUUGGUAAUGUUCGACCAGAAACUUGGUUGUGCAGAUGACUUGAGCGAUAACUUGUGGGUGGAGCAAGGCCUUCAUUUCUCGGGCCAGACCUGUAGGCAGUUGUGUCCCAUGUUUUGGCAUCAUGUUGAAGACACGGCUCUGCGUCAAUUCAUGGAUUGA